AAAGGGGAAGACGGGAAGCGAAAUUUCUGGUUUCUGCUCUCUGAACUGUGUUGCAUUGAGUUGUAAAUAUGUUUCUGCUGUCGUUGUUUUGAUGAAAGAAGUUUGAUGUUCAUUAGUAAAUACUGCUUUUAAAUUUGUAACAACCUCAUAUCCGUUAUAAAUUUCAAUAUGGCUAACAACAUAGGGGAAGGUCCACCAUCACCUGAAAUUACAGAUAAUGAAAUCCAACCUGUUCCAACAUCCAUUGCCAGUAUAACAAGCGCAUCUUCACCUAUAAAUAUGCCUAAAACAGGAGGGCAGUCUCUUGCAGAUUUUGUUUUGCAGUUGGAAGAAUAUACACCUACAUUGCCUGAUCCAGUUGUGUCAUAUUAUGUUCAUUCUGCCGGAUUUGAAACAACAGAUCCUCGAGUGAUGAGACUCAUAUCCAUUGCAGCUCAAAAAUUCAUUUCUGACAUUGCGAAUGAUGCAUUGCAGCAUUGCAAAAUGCGAGGUGCUGGUCAAAGCAAAAAAGCAGCAAAAGACAAGCGAUUUGUUUUAACUAUGGAAGACCUAACUCCAGCGUUAGCUGAAUAUGGCAUUAAUGUGAAGAAACCUCAUUAUUUCGCAUAAGUUGUGCAUCUUUUGUAAAUAGUCUGUUUCAUUUAGUAAAUUAUGUCAUUUUGGUGCUUUAUGGUUCUAUUUUUUAAUUAAAAGUUUGUACAUUUCUUUGAAUUAAUGGCUUUAUUUCAUAUUUCAAGAUCUAUUUCACAAUGACGCUUAUGUUAGUUCUUAUAUACUCAGUUUUUCCUGUUUUAAAAAAGCUUGUUCUAGUUUAUUUGCUCUGUAUCUUCAGAUUAACACAUGCAUACUCCUUGUAUAUUCUGUCA